ACGUUAUGUGACCGACCGAAUACAAUUAUGGCACCUGUUAAGAAAAAGUCGGCUAGGACACUAACUUCGAAGCUAAUCAACUUGCGAAUUCUUCUGUCGUCAUAAGCCCAUGCUGGAAACUGUAUGUAAGGCUGGCCUGCUAGUCUCCCCACAUCUUCAAUCCGAAUCUUCACAUCUUCAUCUCAGCAAUUCCUCACUUUCAUACACCUGGGAUUUCAGUUGCAGAAUUCUCGUAACGACCAAUUCAUCGACAAUGUCUUCCAACCAGAUGCAGAGCGCCAAGGACUCAGCUGCCCAGACCACGGAGCACACGAAGCAAUUCGGAGCUGAGAAGACCGGUCAGGCACAAGAUCACGCCCAAGGAAUGGGCCAGGCUGCCAAGGACAAGGCCAACCAGGCGGGACAAGCCACGUCCGACGCGACCCAGACUGCCAAGGACAAGGCCGUCGAGGCCAAGGACAACACUGGCAAUGCUCUGCAGCAGGCUGGUGAGAAGGUGAAGGAAACUUUGACGAACGCCAAGGACGCUGUCACAGGAAACAACCAAUAAGUAGACGUUGAGUUGUAUUGCCUCCUGUCCUGAUGACAGUCAGAUGUGUGUUUGGUUCGCCAAAACUGGGGCACCAAAUUAGAAGAGAGCACACAUUCGAGAAUACAAUGCUAUGUAAAGCAUGAAUCUGUCAUCACUCUCAGGGAGAACAUGAGGACGACCGCUAGCCCUUGCGGAGGAUUGUAGGGGAGUAAUUUUAGGAACAGCGUGUUGUAUAUACAUGUCACCAAACUCCUCUUGUUUUUG